UUUUAUUGCUAUAAUUGUUGACAUUUCUGGUGAAGUGGUUCUGAAGUUUACUGAUUUGCAUCCAGAUUUUUGACAAAUUAUUCAUCAUAAUCUAGAUGAAAUACAAUCUAUACACAUCUAUUAGCAACCAAAUAUCCAAAUAGAACGAGAAAAGGAAUAAUUUUCUGCAGUGAAAUACUUCAAAAAAAAACAACAAAUGGACAUAUGGCGGCUGAUUCGGUAACAAUUGUUAUGGAUAAAAGGGAUCCAUUCAAAGAGGUUGAAAAUCUAUCUGAAGUUAAUGAAAUGUCUGAAGAAGACAUACCAGUCAUGACAGACGCGGGCGCAGAUGUAUCAGACAAGGAGAAUGAUUUUCAACCAUUGAAACCAGAACCAUUCGAUAUUGGUUCAUUUUCAACAAAAGAUACUCCUGGCAAAUCCAAACCAAAAAUAAGAUAUUCACUUCUAGAAUUUGAUCCCCUCUAUUCACCUAGAAGAAUUAAUGAAGACAGGAAUGUAUCAGGACAAAAUGAUGAUUUCAAAGAUGCACUUGCCUUUACGGAGGAAAGAAUAGAGGAUUUACAAAUUGAACAGGAAAUUAACAAUCCUGUCUCUGAAGAGUCAACAAAUUAUACAGACUCAGAUCAAUCUCUACUUGUAAAAAUAGUAAGUGAGAUAGAAGUCAAGACGGUGGUUUCAGAGGAAAUAGAACAUAAAAGCUCUAACAAUAAUUGCGAGUUAGCUGAAGAAGAUCAAAAUACAGUUGAUGAUACCUCAUGUUACCUAGACACCUUGAACACAGAAUCUAAAGUAUCGGAGAACGUACCGGAAGGUAGUGAUACAACAAUUUCCACGUCCGUAGAAAACCAGUCACAGGUUGACUCCCCAAAGUUGGCUACCGAUAGGUCUAUCAUUUCCACAACUGAUUCAGAAAUCAAUAAAAUCCAACUCGGAACUGCUUGCCCUCAGGGAAAGAGAUGAAGCAGAAUUGAGCAAAUAUAAAGCUAUUAUUAAGAGAUUAGAAAUAAAACGCAGUGCACUGGAAGUAGCUCUUCAACAAAAAAAUGAAGAAUGCCAGCAGCUAGCAGCAUUAUGUGAUGAGGUAACUGGGAAAAAAGUGUAAAACUCUGUUCAUAAUUUGUGUUUAAUAAGUCAGAUAAUUAAUAACUGGUGAACUAGAAUAAGAAUUACUCUUUGCAGAUGCUAUAUUCCUUUCAAAUUUCAUUUCCAUUUGUAAUUUGGUUCAAAAGAGGUGUUGAAUAUAAAAUUAUCUAUUAUAAUCCACAAAUGAAAAAUUAA